AUGGCAGGCCUCUGGCCUUGUGUACUAUUUCUGCUCUGCUUGCCAGAUUUGAUCAUAGGAGCACUCUCAGCCUUCACAUGUGCAGGAGCCUGCAGUACCAGUGUCCCAGAAGACCUCACCCUUGAGGGGAGCCAGGAGUCCUGGGACAAGGACAUCCCUGCAAUUAACCAAGGGCUCAUCCCAGAGGAAACCCCAGAUGGCAGCUUCCUUGUGGAGGGGGACAUCAUCCGACCAAGCCCCUUCCGACUGUUGUCGGUGACCAACAGCAAGUGGCCCAAAAGCGCUAGUGGCGUCGUGGAGGUCCCCUUUCUGCUCUCUACCAAGUAUGAUGAGCCCAGCCGCCAGGUCAUCCUGCAAGCAUUUGCUGAAUUUGAACGUUUCACGUGCAUCCGGUUUGUUGCCCACCAGGGCCAGAGAGACUUCAUUUCCAUCAUCCCCAUGUUGGGGUGUUUUUCUGGUGUGGGGCGCAGUGGAGGGAUGCAGGUGGUGUCCCUGGCACCUGCCUGUCUCCGGAAGGGUCAUGGUAUCGUUCUGCAUGAGCUCAUGCAUGUGCUGGGCUUCUGGCAUGAGCAUGCGCGGGCCGACCGGGACCGGUACAUCAAGGUCAACUGGAAUGAGAUCCUCCCGGGCUUUGAAAUUAACUUCAUCAAGUCUCGGAGCAGCAAUAUGCUGGCCCCUUAUGACUACUCAUCAGUGAUGCACUAUGGGAGGCUUGCCUUCAGCUGGCGUGGGCAGCCCACCAUCAUACCUCUCUGGGCCCCCAGUGUUCAUAUUGGCCAGCGAUGGAACCUGAGUGCUUCGGAUAUCACCCGGGUCCGCAGACUCUACGACUGCAGCCCAAGUGACCCUGACUCCCAUUGGAGAA